AUGCCAAGCUUUUCUAUUGACUAUUCGAAGUGGAAGCGGAUUGCGCGAGAGGAGGCCGCCGAGGAGGAGGAUGAAGUCCAACGCUAUGAACGAGAAGUGGCAAAGGAGCCAGUCAUCACGAUGGACCAGGUAUAUGCAAAGGAGACUGGUCGUUCACAACAAGUCGACAGGCUUCAGGAGCUCAAGAUCAAGAUGGCUGUGGAGGCCUAUGAGAAGCGAAGACCUGCAGACUCGGUCAUGCACCACUACUGGGUGAAAGAAGCAGGCGAUCCGGAGGCAAUCGGCGAGUACUUUCCCACAGGUGAUGAGCGGAACGGUGUUCCGCUGUACCAGAAUCAGAAUGGCUUGGUCUUGAGCCGAGAAGCCCAUGGGUCGCCAGAGGUGUAUAGCUGGGUCAUCGGCAGCGUAUCCGAGCGACGGCCACUCUAUGGUGUGAAAUGCGAUGAUCUCUCGGCCCCGACUUUGGGUUGGCAGGCUUUUACGGCCCCUGAGCCUGUACCUGUCAUACGCUACUACUCCAAGGUGGCAGCCGCUCGGACUUUCAAGGACCGGGGCAAUCGAGCUUUCAGCCAGCGCAAGUGGCAGGAUGCGGAAUUAUGGUACUCUCAGGCACUGAAGUGUGGAAUUGACCAAGAGGAACAUGCAGAGCCUUAUGCACUUCUCUUGUCAAACCGUUCGGAAGCGCGUAUGCGAUUCCAGGACUUUCGUGGUGCGGCUGAUGAUGCUGAUGAGGCUCUUAAGUACAUCCGCUCCUUCGCAACGGCAACAGGAGACAGCGAAAGCUUGCGACAACUUCACCAGAAAACGGUACUGCGACUGGGCCGUGCCCUGCAUGCGAUGAACCGGAUGUCAGAGGCAAUGCGACUGUUGCACCACGAGCGCCGCAACUACCCACAGAGCCAGGAGAUUCAGCGCAUGGCUGAAGCAACUCGCCUCGCGUUGCGGUCUGUUGGUCGUGGAACUCCAUCUCAAUCUCGAGGAGAAAGGCACGAGGCUGGCAUGGACAGCACUCACGGCAGAAAGCUCAUGGAGUAUGUUGCAAACGUCUCGGAGGACCUCCAAAAAGAGUUCUCAGCAUUGAAGGCGGCAGAAGCAGAAAGCAGCUUUGCAUUUCCUUCAUCGCUCAUGACCAUCCUCAGCAAGCUUGAGUACAUCCUCGUCAACGCGCAGCAAGUGGAGAGCGAAGUCUUGGAGUCCUUGCAGGCACUGCUCCAGAUCAAUGGAGUUCUGCGGUGUGUGGUCAACAUUAUCCAGGCGCAGUGGCGAACGAAUUUGGAAGGCAAAUUCGUGGACCUCUUCAAGCUGCCAGGUGCCGCCACUGUUGCGUCUGUGGCCGCGCUCCUUUGCGACGGAAAUGAACCCAACCUGCGGCUUCUUGCAGCAGACACGCACUGCUUCUGGGCGCUUCUGGGAGGCUGCAACUGCAAGGUUGAAAAGGAGGUCUGCGAGCGCUUGAUCUCUGUGGUGCAUGGCUUGUGGGAACGAUGCAGAAGUCAGAGUCUAGAGUUGGUCCAAACCCACAGCGUCGUUGUGGAGCGUGCAGCCUUUUACCUUUCCCAGGCGUUGCAAGCUUCGCCACACGAUGACUCUGUCUCGGGACCUGACUCGCCAAUGGUGUCUCCAGCCUCCAGAGAGCAGGCCGCCUUGCUGCUGCUAGACGUCAUCGCCUGCGGCGGACGUUUAAAAAAGCGAACCCUGCGGGGGAUCAUGCCACAGUUGGCGAGCCGCUCAGGGCAAGGCGGCUUCUUCACAAGCCCUCAGGCAUGCGUGCGAACCCUUGGCGAGCUGGUGGCAAAGAACGCCAUCGACGAUCCACAGCUUGUUUCGGCAGAAGAGGUGACGCAGAUGCUGCGAACCAUGCGACACAUCCUUGAUUCGGCUCCGCAAAAGACAGUUGUGGAUGCCGGACAGGACAAGCACAUGGUCUACAUGGAGCUUGAGGGAUCCCCGGCCAUUCGCUACGUGGCUCUCCUUCUGGAGGUCAUAGCAAAGACAUUGGAGCACAAGCUCUUGAAGGACAGAGAGUUGGAGCGAGAGACCUACGAAGCAGCCUUCAAUGAAGGUGACGGCCUGCUUGUCGUUCUUCCUCUACUGCAGGCGCCGCCUCAGGUCGCCGAGCAUGCCUUGUCGUGCUUGUCAACGAUUUCACAGACAUACCUUGAGAAUGUCGAGAAGAUGGUCCGCCUGGGGGCGCUGGAGGCUUUGAUGUCAGUGCCUUCGCCAAAAUCACAGCCAGUUCCUUCUCAUGUCGAAGCGAGCCUCGCCGUGCCAGCAGCAAGAAGAUCUGCCAGCAAAUUGCUUAUGCAGUGUACCGCUGCCCAGGGCUUCAUGGAUAUCCUCCAAACGAAUGCCGAGCGGUUUGUAAAGGAGCUUGUGAAGUUGGGCAUUCAAUUGUGGAUGGAUGGGGCGGCAAGUACCGAGUCAUUCCAGGACAUCAUCCAUGUGUUUCAUGCGAUAUCGCUGCAGAAGCCUGACAUCUUGAGCACGAACUUGCGUGAGGCACCAAUGUUGCAGCUGCUGCUGCGUCUGGAGAAGGCAAACUGUCCGGCAACACCAUUGGCUGCCGACAUAUUGAAAACCCUGCGGAAAGACCGAAGCUUCAAAAGGGCCUUCGCACCGGUUAAGAAGCUGUACGAAGAGGGAUACGAUCCAGAACUGGAGCUCAAGCUCCGGCAGCACACCUCCAUGCAGAUGACGGGUCAGGUGAAUUGA